CUAAUAUAAUUAAUAAAAAAGAAUUAUCUGACAAAAUAAUUCUUGAAGCUAAUUAUGAAGCUUAUAACAAUAAUAAAUUAAAUCAAAAUAAUGAAUCUAAACAAAUUAUUGAAUUUGAACAAACAAAUGAAAUGGAGUUAAUAGGAUCACAAGAGUUUACUAAACUUGAAAACAUAUUUAAUUCUUUAAUUGGUGUUUAUAAAACUGCAUUUGCUCAAUCAGCAUUAACUAUUGCUAGUAUUCAUUAUAAUUGUCAUACCAAAUGUGAUUAA